GCUGAACGAAAGUUGCCGACGACCCGAACGGAAGUCGACUAAAACGGACUAGGAAUUUUCUCGUUACCCCAGGUAGGCAAAAACCACCGACUCACUCACCCAAUGUAUUUGCAGUCUGGAGUUCGAUUGUCUCAAAGCUCGAGCGCUUGCUGCGCUUUGGGCCUCAAGAUUUUCCUUUGCCAUGGAAACCUGACGCCCCUACCCGAGAAUUUCGACAAUCAUAAAUGCGUGACUGCGUCCUUGAUGAAGCCAACGACCGAGACGUGACGAGGACACGUAAAAGGGACUUGUUACACAACACCUCGGCUCGAGCCCCGUUGCCACCCACCACAGGUACCGUAUUUAGCUGUAACUACGUAACCUGGUUUUGCACCAAAUCUCGAUGGGCCGGCAAUCAAUUGCGCGGUUCCUUCCUGGUUAUCGCCGGGACCAGAAUCGAUCACCGCUAUUCUUGGUCGUAGGAGGGCUUGCAUUGCUGGCACUAUGCCUCUUCACAACCCACCUGCCGGCCCUACCACACCUCACCGGCUUUCGCCCGUUUGGCGGCAAUGCGGGCGAAUACGGGAUGACGUCGCCGGGACCCCACCAUGAUGGUUCAUCGGAAGUCGGCUUGCUCCUCGAGGAGUCGAUUGAGCUUGCGAAAGAAAAACUCGAGACUCUCACCAUGGAAUACGGAACCAACAAACACCCGCCGUUCAAAGACGACCCGCCACUUCUCGUCAAAGACCUUCCCCAAGAGCACAUCCCAUCUUAUAGGCCCCCAUCAUCAGUCAGGGCGCUGGGGGAAGGUGAGGAUAGGGUCAAUGGAAAGAGACUGGUCGUCGUCGGUGACGUGCACGGCCAGCUCGGCGCCCUCAAGGCCCUUCUGAAGAAGAUAGGCUUCGACCACAAGCAUGGCGACCACCUCGUCCUCGCCGGCGACAUGGUCACCAAGGGGCCCGACAGCAAAGGCGUCCUCAAGCUAGCUAUGGCCCUCGGAGCGAGCGCGGUGAGGGGCAACCAGGAUGAUAGGGUGCUGGCCGCCGCCAGGGAGCUCCACCGCUGGUCGGCCAACGACAAUCCAGGGUCGGACGAUGUUGAUGUUAGUGAAGUCGAGGACGCAGAUGGCGAAGUCGGAACAGACGUCCGGGUGAUGAGGAACCACGCCCACCGCGUCGCCCGGUCCCUCACCCGCGCUCAGCUCGCCUGGCUCGGGUCGCUCCCCAUUAUCCUCCGGAUCGGGCACCUCCCCGACGCGGCCUCUCCCCCUUGGAACGCCAGCACCCUGGCCGUCGUCCACGGCGGCCUAGUCCCCGGCGUACAUCUGGAGGAGCAGGACCCGUGGGCCGUGAUGAACAUGCGGAGUUUCAAGUACCCUCGCAAGGGCAAGGGGAAAAACAAGGGAAAACACCACAGCCAAAGCCAACAAGUCCCCGCCGACGACAACGAAGAACAACCAGACCACCUAACCACAGCAAUGGACGACCCCACCCUCCCCCCAGACACCGUCGCAGUGCCCGUCGACACCCACGACGGCGAGCCCUGGAGCCACGCCUGGAACCGCUACCAAAACCACCUCCACCCCUCCUCCCCACACACCACCCUCGUCAUAUACGGGCACGACGCCAAAGCCGGUCUCCAAACCGACCCCGAAGCCGACAUAUCCCCUUACUCCCCCUCCCCACCCAAACACAAGAACAAAAAUAAGUCCGAAACUCAAACGAACAAAAAACACAAAAAGCAAAAGAAAAAGAACAAGGGCCACCGCUACGCCUACGGCCUCGACUCCGGCUGCGGCCACGGCCGACAGCUGACGGCGCUGGUGAUCGAGGCGGUGGCCGGGUCGGGGGUAAGAGCGGGGCAGGGCGCGGUGAGGCACCGGAUCGAGCAGGUGGAUUGUGCGGAUCCGGGGGCGGUGGUUGGUGCUGGGGGGGUUGAGGGAGAGGGACAGAUGGAGCAAUGGGAAGGGGACCUAUAGGGAGGGGGAUGGGGAGGGAUGCAGUCAGCGGGUUAUUGCGGGGUGAGGGUUGGUUUCCGUCUGGUCUGAACUGAUCUGGGCUGGUUCGGUCUGAACUGGUCUGGGCUGGUCUGAACUGGCGUGUGCGCCUGGUCUAACCUCGUUCCUGUUUGAUCUGGUCUGGUACGGUGGACGGUACCUGUCUGCGGCCCGCUGACUGAGUGGACUCGGAAUUGAGUGCGGCAGGGUGGUGGUUACACAGCAUGCCGUCGGCCGGACUGUUGCUUGGGUGGCAUCGGGCUGCCGGGCUGCCUUCGUUCUGGGGUGAGAAGCCGGUGUGUUGCAUAUGAGCGUUCAAGCGGUUGCGUUGCAUACAUUUCACCAGAGCAAGCGUUCUGCGCGUAGAACGGCGUUUUGGAUCGAGUUUGGCGAGUUGCCUCGUGGCAUGGAUAUGACACAAAUCUGCAUGUAUCAAAACAUUGGCAGGAAAUAAUGAUAAUAUCUUACAACCCCG